AUGCCAUUAAUUCCACGCAAAAGCGAUUGGGAUAACUUACUUGCUUGUUUUGGGCUUAGAAGAGGCCCUGCACAAGGGAGAAGGAGUCCUCGUGAUACUGGACCGAGAGCUCCUAAGAAGCUGGCCCGUUUUCGGCGCUGGUGUCAGAAGAAAUUUGGAAGGAACCCCUCAAGUUCAACAUCCUCCAGCGCACCCUCCUCUACUCCAGAUUUACCUGAAAUCGCAGGAGAGGAUCUGGAGGUCGAAUCUGUAAGUUCUGAGGAGCUUUCAAAAUUGGAUUCUCCCCACAAUGCAUCCAGAGGCACAUACACUGUGGCCGUGUACCCCGGGCCCAGAGGCCCUAAGAACCCCUCAUGUCCAACAUCCUCCGGCGCACCCUCCUCUACCCCAGAUUUGCCUGAAAUCCCACCAUCCCACGCAGGAGAGGAUCUGGAGGUGGAAUCUGUAAGUUCUGAGGAGCUAUCGAAAUUGGAUUCUCCCCGCAAUGCAUCUAGAGGGACAUACACCGUGGCCGUGUACCCCGGGCCCAGAGGUCCCAAGUCACCAGAGAACAUGAUCAGUAUACUGGAGGAUUUCUAUAAGGGGAUAGACAAUAAGGGGGUUGAUCUGUUCUACGAUCAACCCCCAUGCCCUGGUCUGCUUGAUGCAGAAAACUACAAAAUUCACCACCGACUGGGUUCCGGCUGCUUCGGAAGCGUUUUCCUGGCCUCAGAGCUGUCUACGGGUAAAUUGGUGGCGAUUAAAUUCUUCAACCAACUCGAGAACCAGCUGUUUGCCCAAUUGUCGAACGAGAGUCAACUUCGCCAAGGGAUAAGUGAGGCAAUUUUGGGGACUAAGAUUGCGCCCAGGUUCGUUGGGUUGCUGCAGAUGAUGGAGGACCAGCGUCCAAUCUCCACUCAUGACACUGCCUUGGUUACCGACUUCGUCGGGGAUGUAAUCCAAGGGGUUUCCAUCACCUUGGCUCAGGAGAUCAGGAGGGUGCCGCCCGUGGCAGAGCCAGUGUCCUUGUGUGAAUGGGCAUGGGUGAUGUUUCAAGUCGCCAACAAAAUGGCACGACUGCACAGUAUUGGGGUGAUCCAUAACGAUCUAAAAGAAGACAAUAUUCUGUUAUCUGGCCGUAUUGGCACUUACCCUAGCCCAUACAUAAAUGACUUUGGCAAUGCUUCGUACGUCUCCGACUCCAAUAGCGGAUACAGAUUCGAUGUUCCCGACCCCUCGGAGCGACUGGCAAGGAUGACAAGAUGCCAACAUUUAGCACCUGAAAUAUACUGGAAUAUCAAAUCCACCACGGCAAGCGAUGUUUACAGUCUGGGGGUAAUUCUGCAGCGCUCCGGCCUCGUGGAGUUGAUGGGGAUAGAGGAUUUUGUAACCCGCUGCUGCUAUUUGCAUCCCUUUGUGCGACCCACCAUGAAGGAAGCGGCAGAAGUCCUCCUCUCUGUGGUGACAAGAGCACAGAGAGACUUGAUAGGGAGGAGUGCCAGUUCCAGCGCCUAA